AUGCGUUUCUCCUUGGCUGCUCUUGCUCUCUUCGCUGGUGCCUCCAUGGCCCAGAUCACCGUCACCAGCUACGACGUUGAGACCAUCACCUCUUGCGCUCCAUCCGUCACUAACUGCCCUGCUCGCGCGACCUCUGUCCCUGCUGCUGUGACCUCCGUCCCCGUUGCUCCUGCUCCCGUCAAGGCCGUGAGCUCCUCUGUCCCCGCCGUGGCUCCUUUCCCCGUGGCUCCCUUGAGCAGCUCCGUCAUCACCGUGACCACCUGCGUGCCCACCACCAUCGUCUCCACCAUCACCUUCACUCCCACCGUUACUCCCGUCGUUGCUGUUGGCACUGGCUCUCCUAAGCCCGUCAGCUCCAGCGUCGCUGUUCCUGGAAAGUCCACCACCACCCCCGCCGCUCCCAAGUUCACUGGUGCUGCCAACGCCGUCAGCGGUUCCAUCAUGAUGGCCGGUGCCGCCGCCGUCGCCGCCGUCUUCUUGGCUUAA